UCACAAGUUGUUUAAAUCUUUUUUCAGGAUUCGCUUAUUAACCAACUUCCUGUUGUUCUUAGUCACCAGCAUAAUGUGUUAUCUCUGACUUUCAAUGUGACUAUGUGCCAAGAACUGUUAAACUAGACGGAUAUUUCUCUCUGCGAUAUCGUUUAUACAUUGCAUAUUUGAUAUAAAUUUCUUGAAAAACUAGAAACGUGGCUGAAAAGCCACAAAUGUGCCAUCAGAAACCCAAGACUCUGCAUCUUCUUAGCUGAGAUUUAGGAUAAAAAUCAGGUCAUUGUUGGAUUAACGUAGUGUUGAUUGGGCCUAUGUUGUAUAUAACGUUAAAUCAAUGCCUAAACAAUGAUCAAACCUGGAUUGGGCCAACCUCAAAUUUCAAAGUUGGACUAAUGUAUCUUCAUACACUGGUCCAACGUGGGACCAAAAUAGGAUUGUCAUCUGGGAAUUAGCUCUGACUUUACAAGUUUAUCAAGUUAGUAAAAUAAAAACUUGAAACAAGUAAACAAAAGCAAAAACGCGCCACCACUAUGUCCGUGAUGUCAACUAAAACAUGUUUUCUACUAAAAUAUAUAUUUUUUUUGUGCUGCAUUUAUUACUUAGUAAUAAAUAAUAUAACUUUAAGUUAUAAAGUUUUAAACAUUUUAAAACAUAAAAUAAAGGAUUAUAACUCAAAAUUCUUUUGCCCUAAAAUAGACACUGAUUUUAAUAAAUGUAUACUCAACAUUACAGUAAACGCACCUGGAAGAAAAAGUUACAUUGUUAUUCAAUCGUUUGACUCUUGCAACAAUUCUAAAACUAUUGGUGGCGACUUUUGGUGGAUGAGAGUUAUAGGUCCAACAUCAUUUCAUGUACCGUUAAUUGAUAGCAACAAUGGUCUUUAUUAUCAAGAUUUUUGGCUAAGCUUAGAAGGAAACUAUACAGUCACUUUAAUGCUUGAAUUUAGCAAAUAUGAUGGCUUAAAAGAUCCACCCAAAGAUUAGUUUAAAUAUGGGCUAAUUACUUGAUCUAGGUGAUUAUCAAGGAAGCAGACAAAACGAGGAUUACUUUGGCAGAAAUUUUGAUUACAUUUUAGAAUUAAAAACUUUUGAAUAUUCAAUAUCAAACAGUUUCCUUCAAAAUAAUGAUGAACAGGUACAGAAUUGGCAUGUUCAACGAUUUUGUGUGGUAAACAAUGCUCAUGGUUUUUGGAAAAACAAUGUGUAUAAAACUGUAGUUGCGAAAAUUGAUAAUAAAAAUAAACAUGAGAUGCUUUUGAAUAAACUUGCUUCAAAAUCAAAACUCAGUAAUAAUUUUAAACCAACCUUUUGGUUGUACGGUGAUUCAGUAACUAAAAACUUUUUUAAAAACUUAAAUACGACUCCGCUGUGUGAAGUUUUUAUAUGUCAGAACACAUACACAUGGACAUACCCAUUAACAAAUUCUGAUCCACAUACUCAACCAUUUGACAACAAAGAUUUUAACCAAACUGAAUUUCUCUAUUACAUUAAAAUGGUGCUGAUGGAUCCUACGAUGAUGCAUAAUGAUAGUGUUUUAGUUAUCAACUUCGGAUUACAUAUAUUGAAAAAUAUUAAUAUGAGUCAAGCAGAAAAACUGUUUGAUGCCUUUAUUGAUAUGGUUCUGGAUAUUAAAUCAAAAUCUUUAUUUGGUUUUCCGAAGAUUUUAUGGAAAAGUACAACACCAGCGUAUGUAGAGAACAUUUUUCGUAUUUAUCACAAAAGAAACAUUGAAAGAACUCUAGUUAAACAGAGAGCAAUUCAAUGGAAUUUAUUUUGUGUAAAAAAAAUGUGCCAAGUAAAUUUACCUGUGUUAGAUGUAUAUUGGAUGGCAGCAUCUUAUCCACAAGGACCAUAUGAUGCUGUUCACUACGAUGAUUACGUAUUUGAUGCUGCAGCUGAAUUUUUAGUUAAUAUAUUUACUUAGUCUCACAAUAGUAUAGUUAAUUAAUCAAAUAUUUUUUACUGAA